AUGGGAAAUUACAAAUCUAGACCAACCCAAACUUGCACUGAUGAGUGGAAGAAGAAAGUCAGUGAAUCUUACAUUAUUAUAAUAGAAAGAUUACAAGAUGACCUGCAGAUCAAGGAAAAAGAAUUAACAGAACUACCGCAUGUAUUUGGCUCUGAGGAUGCCUUCAAUAAAGUCAACUUGAAUUAUCGCACUGAAAAUGGAUUAACUCUCUUACAUUUGUGUUGCAUUUGUGGAGGCAAUAAGUCACAUAUUCGAAGCCUUAUGUUAAAAGGGCUCUGCCCAUCCCGGCUGACAAGAAAUGGAUUUACAGCAUUGCACCUGGCAGUUUACAAGGAUAGUGCAGAACUCAUCACUUCCCUGCUUCACAGUGGAGCAGAUAUACAGCAGGUUAGAUAUGGUGGCCUCACGGCCCUCCACAUUGCUGUGAUAGCUGGCCACCUAGAGGCUGCUGAUGUGUUACUGCAACAUGGAGCAAAUGUCAAUGUUCAAGAUGCAGUUUUUUUCACUCCAUUGCACAUCGCAGCUUACCAUGGGCAUGAGCAGAUAACACGCCUUCUUUUGAAACUUGGUGCUGAUGUAAAUGUAAGUGGUGAAGUUGGAGACAGACCACUCCAUCUAGCAUCUGCAAAAGGAUUCCUUAAUAUUGCAAAACGCCUAAUGGAAGAUGGGAACAAAGCAGAUGUGAAUGCUCAGGAUAAUGAAGACCAUGUUCCACUCCAUUUCUGUGCUCGUUUUGGGCAUCACGAUAUAGUGAAAUAUUUGCUUCAAAGUGAUCUGGAAGUUCAACCUCAUGUUGUUAACAUCUAUGGAGACACCCUUUUGCACCUGGCAUGCUACAAUGGUAAAUUUGAAGUUGCUAAAGAAAUCAUUCAAGUAACAGAAACUGAAAGUCUGACUAAAGAGAACAUCUUCAGUGAAACAGCUUUUCACAGUGCUUGUACCUAUGGCAAGAACAUUGACCUGGUUAAAUUUCUUCUUGAUCAGAAUGUUGUAAACAUCAAUCACCAAGGAAGAGAUGGCCACACAAGAUUACAUUCUACUUGCUACCAUGGUCACAUUUGCUUGGUUCAAUUCCUACUGGAUAAUGGCGCUGAUAUGAACCUAGUAGCUUGUGAUCCCAGCAGGUCUAGUGGUGAAAAAGAUGAGCAAACAUGUUUGAUGUGGGCUUAUGAAAAAGGACAUGAUGCCAUCGUCACACUUCUGAAGCUUUAUAAGAGACCCCAGGAUGAAUUGCUUUGUAAUGAAUAUUCUCAGCCUGGAGGAGAUGGCUCCUAUGUGUCUGUUCCAUCCCCCUUGGGAAAGAUUAAAAACAUGACAAAAGAGAAGGCAGAUGUCCUCCUCCUCAGGGCUGGACUGCCUUCACAUUUCCAUCUUCAGCUGUCAGAAAUUGAGUUCCAUGAGAUUAUUGGCUCAGGUUCUUUUGGGAAAGUAUAUAAAGGACGCUGCAGAAAUAAAAUAGUGGCUAUAAAACGUUAUCGAGCCAACACCUACUGUUCCAAGUCGGAUGUGGAUAUGUUUUGCCGAGAGGUGUCCAUUCUCUGCCAGCUCAAUCAUCCCUGUGUAAUUCGGUUUGUGGGCGCUGGCUUGAACGAUCCCAGCCAGUUUGCCAUUGUCACUCAGUACAUAUCUGGAGGUUCGCUGUUCUCCCUUCUUCAUGAGCAGAAGAGGAUUCUUGAUUUGCAGUCUAAAUUGAUUAUUGCAGUAGAUGUUGCCAAAGGUAUGGAGUACCUUCACAACCUGACACAACCAAUUAUACAUCGUGAUUUGAACAGUCACAAUAUUCUUCUCUAUGAGGAUGGCCAUGCUGUGGUGGCAGAUUUUGGAGAAUCACGAUUUCUCCAGUCUCUGGAUGAAGACAACAUGACAAAACAACCUGGGAACCUCCGCUGGAUGGCCCCCGAGGUGUUCACGCAGUGCACGAGGUAUACCAUCAAAGCCAAUGUCUUCAGCUAUGCCCUGUGCCUAUGGGAACUGCUCACUGGGGAAAUUCCCUUCGCUCAUCUCAAGCCAGCGGCUGCAGCAGCAGACAUGGCUUAUCACCACAUCAGGCCACCCAUUGGCUAUUCCAUUCCCAAGCCCAUAUCUUCUCUGCUGAUGCGAGGGUGGAAUGUCUGGCCCGAAGGAAGACCUGAGUUUUCUGAAGUUGUUACAAAGUUGGAGGACUGUCUCUGCAACAUUGAGCUGAUGUCUCCCGCAUCGAGUAACAGCAGUGGGUCUCUCUCACCUUCUUCUUCUUCUGAUUGCCUGGUGGGCCGGGGAGGGCCUGGACGGAGCCAUGUCACAGCUUUGAGGAGCCGUUUCGAGUUGGAAUAUGCUCUAAAUGCAAGGUCCUAUGCUGCCUGCCCCCAAAGUGUUGGAUCGUGUCCCUCUCAGAGCUUAUCUUUGGAGGAAAUGAAGAGAAGUCUCCAGCACUCACCCAUUGACAAAUAUGGCUAUGUGUCUGAUCCCAUGAGCCCCAUGCAUUUGUAUUCUUGCCAGAACAGUGGCAGCUUUGAGGACAGCAGCUGA